UACGUGCUUUCCGUUGCCCCGGUGAUCCAACCUAGCGGCAAGACAGUGGUCUCCCAGCAACGUAGUGUAAAUGUCCAGUUAUAUUUUUAUUCCAGGUAGUAUUAGAGAGCAUCAGAGAAAUGAAUGAAACAUCAGUUAGUUAAAUACAAAGACUGGGACUGCACUAGCUGACCCAAUACUAGCAACAUAGCACGGGCGAUUUACAGGCUCACAGCCGAUGGUUGCUUGCUAGCCAAUGGGACUAUUUGACAAGUUGGUCGGAUGGCUGGGCUUAAAGAAGGAGGUGAAUGUUCUCUGCCUGGGCCUGGACAACAGUGGCAAAACCACCAUCAUCAACAAACUCAAGCCUUCCAAUGCCCAGGUGCAAGACAUUGUUCCAACAAUUGGCUUCAGUAUAGAGAAGUUCAAGACAUCCAGUCUUUCAUUUACCGUCUUUGAUAUGUCCGGUCAAGGCAGAUACAGGAAUCUUUGGGAACAUUACUACAAGGAAGGGCAGGCUAUAAUAUUUGUCAUUGAUAGUGCAGACAAGCUAAGAAUGGUUGUAGCCAAAGAAGAAUUGGACACAUUAUUAAAUCAUCCCGAUAUUAAACACAGGAGGAUCCCCAUCCUUUUCUUUGCUAACAAAAUGGAUGUCAGAGAUGCUCUGUCUUCUGUCAAGGUCUCACAGCUGCUCUGUUUGGAGAACAUCAAAGACAAGCCCUGGUACAUCUGUGCCACUGAUGCUAUCAGAGGAGACGGUUUACAAGAAGGAGUCGACUGGCUGCAAGAUCAAAUCAAAACAAUGAAAACAUGAGCGCAUGAGGAGCAACCACCAGAAUAACACCAGGAUUCACAGAUAUUUUUUUAAAUAAUUGUUUUGCUGUUUUUGAGGCACCACUUGAAGCAGAUGCUGUUUCUGAUGAUAUAUCAGUGUUAAAACAAACAAAAAAAUGCAAAUGUCCAAAAGGCAAGUGGACCAGAGUUUCACUUGGUUAGAGAAGUGCACAAAAAGCAACAGGUGAACGUGGUAAAUGCUUCCUAUAAAAUGUUUAAGAUUUGUUAAGAUGCAUUGUUGUUUGGGUAAAUUUUACUUCAUUGUAAAAUUAUUGGGAAUCAGAAGAAGAAAGAGGCAAAAUGUGUUCAGAUCCCUGCCUUUUUCAAAACUACAUUGGCUGUUUUGUGCUUACACUAAUAACAGGCAUUUUGUCCUCACUUCACAUAAUUUAGAAUGGAGCUCUGCUCAAUUUUAAGCAAAGUUUCUCUACGAUAAUAAACCAAAAAAUAAAUAAAAAAUGAAAAAGAAAUUGUAACAAAUUUACCUAUUUUAAAGAAAAUAUAAUACAUGUGUAAUAAUACCAAUUGUAAUGUGCCCUUUUAAAUACAACAUAGUUAGCUGUAAUGGUCACAUACAAAUAUUAAGUUGGUAUAUAUACAGAUGUGAAAUAAGUAGGUGAAAACUGCAAAUAUAAGUCAAAAUGAGUCUCUACAAAGCUAAAUUCCAGCCACUGUUCUUUUUGGCUUGAUUCCAUUUCUACUGAACAAGAUGUAAUCAUUCAAAAAGGCUGCUUUCAGUUCACUCUCAGUACUUCAAUGAAUCAAAGGCAGACCAGAAAGCAUAAAAUUACAGUCUAUACAAAAGAUAGUUUUUUUUGUUGUUUGUUUUUUUAAGGCUUUGAUCUUUUUAUAUAGACUGACCUAGAGCUUACCAUAAAAGCAGCUUGUUUUGUCCAUGUUAGCGUAGGCUACUUCAGCCCUGCUUUCUAAAAAUGUUUUCUGUGUUUUUAAGCCUUUUUUGGUUAGAAUUAAUCAGUAUUGGAUGGAUGGA